AUGGCAUCGGGAGGAGGAAUGAGACUAGUUCGCUCAACUCUACAAUCUUUGCUGAGCGGAAGGAGGCCUCUGGGUAGCCUGGGGGUGAUUCCCACAGUCGAGUGUAGCAUUUGGAAGAGAAGAAAUGUCAACAACAGUCAUCCCCCUGGUUUUGUGCCGAACAGGUGGUCGAGUGUAGAAGCGGAGAUAUCUCGAUUCGACCGAGUGAUCCAAAUAGAGGAAGCCUCCACUCCUCCCAGCUCAUGGUACACGAACCUCGAGAUAUUCAGCCUGGAGCUCGAGAAAGUGUUCGAAAGGAGGUGGCAGGCAGUGGGUUUUGCUCAUCAAUUACAAAAACCUGGAGAUUACUUCACGGGCAAAGUAGGGAGGGUGACGUAUGUCGUGUGUAAGGACGAGCAAGGGACUUUGCGCGCUUACCACAAUGUGUGCAGGCAUCAUGCUGCAGCAGUCGCUUCAGGUCAAGGCUGCACUUCGUCCUUCGUUUGCCCUUACCACGGUUGGAUUUACGGCCUGGACGGCAGGCUUCAGAAAGCAACGCGAAUUGGAGGUAUGAGAAAUUUCACAGCUCGUGAGAGUGGUCUAAGCCGCCUUUCGGUGGGAACAUGGGGACCUUUUGUGCUGAUCAAAUCGCCCGAACAAGGAGCAGUCUCGGAACCAGACAGCGUCGCCGUGGAAAAGCAGUGGCUAGGUAGUGCCGCUAAAACUUUGAAAGGCUCAAACAUCGACUCAUCGCUUUUGCACGUGGGUAAACGGGAGUACACUAUCAAUUGCAACUGGAAAGUUUUUUGCGAUAACUACUUGGAUGGAGGAUAUCACAUACCUCACGCUCAUGCCAGUCUCGCAGCUUCGCUCAACCUGAAACAAUACAACACGACUUUGUCCGAGAAAGUAAGCAUUCAAACUUGCAUGGUUGCAGCCAGCGGCGGAGACCACAGAUACGUCAGUAAUGGUGAAACUCAGAUCAGCAGCACAAAUGACAGGAAGAAGAGACGAGCAGACAAUGCCGUCUUCGCUUUCGUGUACCCCAAUUUUAUGAUUAAUAGAUACGGGCCAUGGAUGGACACAAACUUGGUCCUUCCAGUAUCUGCCACUCAAUGUCGCGUUGUCAUUAAUUGGUUUCUGGAGCCCGACUUUCCCAACGACGAGGCUUUGAUCAAGAGUUCGAUAGAAACAUCAGACGUUGUUCAGCAAGAAGACAUCGUCCUGUGCGAAUCUGUCCAGGAGGGUCUUCAGUCCCCAGCUUACGAUGUGGGGCGCUAUGCUCCUAAAGUAGAAUAUGCAAUGCACCACUUUCACGUCCUUCUUCAUGAAGACCUGUCCAUGUGA